UAAAAAAUAUAGGUUUUGUAGAUAAGAACAUCUAACUAUCACUGUAACAAAUCUGUGCGCAUGAUGAGAUUGAUUUUGUUUUUAUUUUUAAGAUUGCUCAAUACUCAAACUUGCGGUAAAUUCAAAUAUGGCCACCGCUACAGCUGUUUUUGCACAGCUCAAUCGAUAGUAUCGAAUAAACAUCGAUUUUUGUUCCAGAUCUAACAAACAAAUUGUUGUUUUUAGUUAAGUGCAUGUGCGCAUUGUAUGCAAUUAAUUUUUAUUUCUUUAAAUCGCUGGUGUUUCGCUUAGAAUGUACUGGAACGAGAUGUGAGCACAAAGAAGAGUGCGUUAAGUGCAUCCAAGCCAUUAGGAUAACGUGCAAUAUUUACACAUAAACAUAUAUGUAUAUUUAUAAACUAAAUAAUAAGGACAACGAUUUGUUAAAAAUAAACAAAGCAGCCAUUUUCAAACCAGCAUGGACUUCGAGACGGGAAACCAGCAAUACCACUACAAGGACAUAUUGUUUGUGUUCUUAGAUGCAUUCAUCAAUGAUUUCGACUGCAAGGAUGUCCAGGACAUCCUGCCAGGAGUGUUGUCCAAAGAGGAAAUCGACCACAUCAUCAAGUCCAGGGAUGCGGAGACGGCCACACUCCGUCUGUUUUGGGCACUGCUGUCUAAACAGGAGAAAACGGUCAAGGACUUUGUCGAAGAUUGUCUCAACCGGAGUGACCAGGCCAACUACGAGUUCCUUGUGGCUGUCAUUAAGGAAGAGAUUCAGCAUCCCAAAAGGGAGACCAGGACGUACAUCGAGCAAAGGGAUCGCCUCUAUAACGACAACCAAGUGUUUGCCAAAUACAAUGUUAAUCGCCUGCAACCGUACUUAAAGCUGACACAGGAUCUUCUUGAACUUCGUCCAGCCAAAAAUGUUUUGAUUUAUGGCGUCUUAGGAUCGGGAAAACACUGGCUUGCCCUGGACGUGUGUUCAUCCUACAAAGUACAACUCCAGAUGGACUUCAAGAUCUUCUGGCUAAACUUGAAAGACUGCAACAGUCAAGAGACAGAUCUCGAGAUGCUUCAGACGCUGCUUCAUCAAAUAGACCCCAACUGGACAAGUCGUAGUGAGCAAGGCAGCAACAUCAAGCACCGAACUCAGAGCAUUCAGGCGGAAUUGCGACGCCUAUUAAAGAGCAAACCCUAUGAGAAUUGCCUUCUUGUCCUGCUAAAUGUGCAGAAUGUCAAGGCUUGGAAAGCCUUCAACCUGAGCUGCAAGAUUCUGCUGACCACAAGGUUCAAGCAGGUCUCCGACUUUUUUUCAGCAGCAACCACAACUCACAUUUCACUGGAUCAUCAUUCAAUGACGCUCACGCCUGAUGAAGUUAAGUCUUUGUUUCUCAAAUACCUCCACUGCAGACCGCAGGAUUUGCCAAGGGAAGUGCUAACAACGAAUCCGCGCAGACUAAGCAUUAUUGCGGAAAGCAUUCGAGAUAAUUUGGCCACUUGGGAUAACUGGAAGCAUGUAAAUUGCGAUAAACUAACGACUAUCAUUGAGAACUCUUUAAAUGUCCUGGAGCCUGGAGCUAGAAAAAUGUUUGAUAGACUGUCCAUAUUUCCUCCCUCUGCCCACAUACCUAUCCAUCUCCUAUCGCUGAUUUGGUUCGAUGACAAAUCCGAUGGCGACGAUGCGAUGGUUGUGGUUAACAAGCUUCACAAAUACUCGUUGGUGGAGAAGCAACACAAAGAGUCAACCAUUAGUAUACCCGCCAUAUACUUGGAGUUGAAAGUGAAGGUUAAUGACGUUACCGCACUGCAUCGGAGGAUCGUUGAUCGCUACAACAUCACAAAGGCCUUCGACCACGAUGACUUGAUACUGCCCUCCCUGGACAGAUAUUUCUAUAGUCACAUCGGGCAUCACAUCAAGACCAUUGAGCCCACCGAGCGGGCAAUUCUGUUUCGCAAGGUCUUCCUGGACUUCCGCUUUCUGGAACAAAAGAUUCGCCACGACACAACGGCUUGGAAUGCCAGCGGAUCGAUAUUGAAUACGCUACAGCAGCUUAAGUUCUACAAGUCUGAUAUUUGUGACAAUGACGCCAAGUAUGAGCGCUUGCUUAAUGCCAUCCUGGAUUUCUUGCCAAAGAUCGAGGAAAAUCUUAUUCGCUCCAAGUUUACGGACCUGCUCAGGAUAGCCCUGAUGGACGAGAAUGAGGCUAUUUUCGAAGAGGCUUGCCGACAAGCGCAGAGGUUUUGCGAUAGGGUUUGGUUUACAGAGCAUGGCCGCUUCCACCAGCACCGCCAAAUUAUCAACCUGGGAGAUAACGAGGUGCGCCACGCCCUUUACCUGAAAGACGACUUUUCACUGAUGGCGUUGGACAACAAAGAACUGCUCCUAACCGACGUAUCGCUGGAGGCAGAGGACACCUAUAUUCUGAGGGACGACAAUGACAGCAGUGAAAUCCUUCGGAUGGCCGUGUUUAACAAACAGAAGCACCUAAUCACCUUGCACAGCAACGGCAGCGUGAAGCUCUGGUCCCUGUGGCCGGAUUGUCCAGGAAGACGCCACAGUGGUGGCAGCAAGCAGCGAGUGCGUCCUCCUGGCUCCACGCAUCUUCGAAAGCCAACGGGAACGAGAAGCUACCAGCAGUUGGUUAACAGCGUGGUCAAGCGCUACAUUGGUACCUAUGCAGAUCAGAAAAUUAUGGCUUUCUAUUUGGACGAACAAGCCGGAUUGCCGGACACCAAAAUCCAACUGCACGUGGCCUUCAGCAAUGGCGAUGUGAGCAUCUUGGCCUGGGAUGAGCAAGAUCAGAUGUUCAGACCGUCGCACAUUCCUACCUUAAAGACUCUUCAAUCGGAAAUUCGCAGCUUUGUUCUGGUUUUGAAGCAAUAUUACGUGGUGUGCAACGCUAGUUGCGAUCUGACUGUUUGGGAUUUGAGCAAUGGUUCCGGCGAAAGACUAGAACGUGAAGACUUUAAUGUGGUGAACGACACGCCUUUGGCCUUGGAGGGCUAUGACGAAAGGAAUCAGAAGGCCACUGUACUUCUUAUUUUCAAGCAUAGUGUUUGGCGGCUAAAUUUCAUGCCAGGCCCCUCCGUUAUUUUGCAAUCCGAGGCAGUGCAGCUGCCGGAGGGCAGUUUUAUAACCUGCGGCAAGCGGUCGGAUGACGGACACUACCUUUUGCUGGGCACCUCCGAGGGACUGAUAGUUUAUGAUCUCCGGAUCUCUAAUCCCGUGCUUCGCAGCAAUGUCAGCGAACACAUCCAGUGUGUGGAUAUCUACGAGCUGUCCGAUCCUGUCUAUAAGUAUAUAGUUUUGUGUGGCGGCAAAGGCAAGAAGGUGGUCCAUGUGCACACGUUGCGCUCCGUCAGCGGGAUGGAUGCACAUCAAGAUCGGGAAAUCGCCUGGGUUCACAGUGCAGAUGAAACGAGUGUGGUGACAAGGGCCUGCCUGGAGCCCAAUGUCUACCUGCGUUCGCUGAUGGACAUGACCAGCGGGCGGACGCAACUCCUGGCCGUGGACUCCAAAAACCGCAUCCACCAAAUUGAAACUGCCACCGAUCCAAGUGCCCGAAGGAGAUCCAGCAUUUCCGCUUGGUCAACGAUCACACCCACGCAUGCUGCCAGUAAAGCCAAGAUAACGGCCAUAUCCGCUUUAAACGACGAGCAGAUCUUUGUGGGCUACGCGGACGGGGUGAUCAUCGAUGUUAACCAGGAUGCGGUUUUACCUCAGCAGUUUAUUACGGAGCCCAUUGAUUACCUCAAACAGAUUAGCGCGCAAAUUCUGGUGGCCUCUGCUCAUGGCGUCCAGAAGACUGUGAUAUUCCACCUUGAGAAGACAGAUGACCAAUGGCCAUUAUACCUGGAUGUGGGCACCAAGUACGCCUGUCUUCUGCGUGGACAGUUUGUCAUCGUAUUCUCCGACCACGAAGUCUGUCAUUUAGAUGUAGCCAACCCGUCCGCAAUUGUAAAGACGGAAGAGUCUGAAGAAUCCAUUGUGGGGUUUGACCUGAAAAACAAUUUUCUUUUCCUGGCCUACGAAAACCACACAAUUGAGGUAUUCCAAAUUAUAUUGAGCGGUAAUCAACUGAGGCACGAACAAAUCUGCGAAGAAAAGAUUGUCCAGAAGUCCAAGAUCAGCUACUUGGCCGCCACGGAAGAUGGUAGAAUGUUUGCACUGGGCUUCGAGGAUGGUGUUUUAGAGCUCUUUGCCUUGGAAAACAGGCAAGUGCAUCUGAUCUACAGCAUUCACGAGGUCCAUCAGCACUGCAUCCGCCAACUGCGCUUCUCGCCAUGCAAGCUCCUUCUAAUUAGCUGCGCAGAGCAGCUGUGCUUCUGGAACGUGACGCAUAUGCGCAACAACCAGAUGGAGCGGGCGCAGAAUCAGCGGCGCAGUCGUCGCCACAAGCUUCACAGUGUGACGCAGGAAGAUGCUGUAGAUGCAGCGCCCAUUGGGCCCGACGUGGAUGUGGAUCCCGUGUUUAUUGCCCGCGAAUUCCUUUCAGAAAGCCGAGAGGAGGCGGUGGCCCUGUGGCGGAAUAAGCGUGGCAAUGCCAUCCGUCCGGAACUCCUGGCAUGCAUCAAGUUUGUGGGCAAUGAAGCUCGCCAGUUCUUCACCGACGCCAAGUUCUCGCACUUCUAUGCCAUAGAUGACGAGGGUGUCUACUACCACCUGCAGCUAAUGGAGCUGAGUAGACUGCAUCCUCCGCCGCAGCUAGAUCCGCAUCCGGUGGAGAUCUCUGACCGAUCGCUGGACUUGCAGUAUGAGGACUUGAAGGAUCUCAGGAUAAUCGAAAGCCCGCUUGAUCAAGAUGUGGAUAACGAAGGUGCUGAUGUGGUGGGCAAUCUGGUGCUGCAAAAGGCCAGCCAAGUGGACGAGCCGCCUCCAGUUCAGGAGGAGGGGACCAGCUCAUGACGCCAGUGGUGCGCCUCCAUGCGGCGCACGAACCAGGAAAGCCCCAACUACAACAUGGCAUUUAUAGGAUUACUGCUGUAUUACAUAGUGGUAUUGCUGUUCUACCUCCUAGGACCUGAUUUGUCCUAGGUGGAAAAUCCACCAAGUACGAUAUCUCAGAAGGCGGUGGGUACGUUGCCCUGCCUUUUGUUUGGCCACCCUAGUAACCGCCGCCAAAUAAACGACAUUUUACGAAAAAUACAAA